AUAUUGAAAAACGUACAUACAUAUUUUCCUAAAAUUUAAUUCCUUUAAAAACUUAACAAUAUUCAGGUCUGAAAACAUAUACAUAUUUUAAUUACAAAAAAUGCGUGAUAAUAAAGAAGAAGAUACAAGCGGCAUAGGACAAUCUGCAAUACCAAUGCCCAAACACAUACCAUUUCCAGACUAUCCAGGAUCUUCAGAGAUCCUAAAUGAAUUAUUAAUGUUUUUAUUUACAACAUGUGCAGCUGCCAUGCAAUUUAUCAAUAUAUAUCGCACAAACUGGUGGUUACCCCACUCGCAAAUAACCAAUACUAUGAAUGUAUAUCACAUUGAACCUUUUUUGAUAAUUUUAAUUGUAUCCAUAAAUGCUAGAAGAUUAGUGUAUUGUGUGUGCUUGAAGGCUGUGGAAUUGUUAUUGCCCACACAUCUGCAACAAAUGAUGGGCAUAUGUAAAUAUGUCGUAGAGGACAUUAUUUUGGCUUUGCUUAUUGCUUGCAUAGUAAUGCUGUACAACAACAACAAUUACUUGACUAUAUUUUUGCUAAUAUAUCCAUUCAUAGUUUAUUUUCUGGCUUUUGGGUUUACUUUAGAACCAUUCUUGCGUUUCAAUUAUGAAGUUAAAGGUGCUUACUUCAAUGGAUUUCCUUUGCAUUCUUGUUCAGCAAAUCCCAAUGCCAUACGCUAUGAAAUUGAUGUGUUACGCAACGAUUUCAAUUGCCGCUUUAAACAAGUCAUCUUUACAUCUCUUUUAAAUACCUAUUUCUCCACAUUUCUUCCCUGUUACUUUGCCACCCAAGUACAUUACAAUGUCCUAUGGGCCAGCAUACACAUUCUAUUGGUAUUCUUCAGUGUUUUCACCAUGUGCACUGUAUUUAGUUUUCCCUCCAAAUAUAGCGAUAUUCUGCAUAGAGCUGCACUGCAUCUGGGCUACUGGUUUAAACUAGAAUUGCGUGCGGGUGCUGAUUGCGUUAUAAGCGCUACCGCCCCUAAUUGGAUAAAGAGUGCUCUCUGGGGUCACAAUACCGUGGCCAAAUGCAGUGGCGAAUUGUAUCGCAGUUUUGGUCCGGUUACGGUUGCCACUCCAGGCAAUUCAUCACAUGCUAGAUUUUAUAAACUUUUCCAUAAUCCUUCUCUGAUAUAUGCCACCUUAACUAUUAUACAAACUUGUAUAGUUUUAUCGGGCAUUUCAUUGUUGUAUUAUGCCAUUGAAUGGCAUUUCAUUUUAUCUUUAAGCUUUAUUACUUUGACUAAUCAAUUUACAUUCUUCAAACUGAUGCGUGAUUAUUUGAUAACGAAACGAGUGUAUUUGGCUGAGCUAACGGUAAGCGAUUUCAAAUUAAUGGAAAACUAAAUAAUAAAAUAUGAAUAAAUAAAAAGAAGACUGUAAAAUGUUUGCUAUAAAGAAGUCUUGCUCAACAAGGCAUAAAUCAAGAAAUAA